AUGAGUGAAACACUUUCUUACUCAACAGUUUCCGUUUCCAAUGCAGAUAAUGGCCAAUUGAAUUAUUCUCUCGAGGAACAUGUACAGCAAGCAAGUGAAGAAAAAACGGAUAAUGUUAUUCCACAGGAUCCAGCACUUUGGCCUCUACUAAUUAGUCAUAAUACACGUGCAAUCAUUGUAGAACGUGGACCUCAGCAAAUAAAAGAUAUCAGUUUCCCAAAUGAUAAGAAUAAUCGAAAGUUUUCAGUAUUUCACUACUUAAGAAAACUUCCUAAUGGAGAAGAAUUAUGUCGCAGCUGGCUCUUGUAUUCAGUAUUAAAAGACUCAGUGUUUUGUUUCUGUUGCAAACUGUUCAGUAUGAAAGCAAUUGGCAUAUCAUCACUAACUCAUACAGGUUCAAGUGACUGGAAAAACAUGGCGGCAAUUCUUUCUUCCCACGAGAAAAGUCCUGAACAUUUGCAGAACUCAAAUCAAAAGUGGAAAGAACUACAUCAGCGAUUACAGAGGGAUAGUACAAUAGAUGCAGAAAUUUUGCGCAAGAUGAAGAAUGAAGAAAAGUAUUGGCAGCAAAUACUAAAGCGUUUAAUAGCAUUAGUGAGAGUUUUGGGUGAACAGAAUCUAGCUUUUCGCGGUACAAAUGAAACAUUGUACAGUGCCAAUAACGGGAAUUUUUUAAAAUUUGCGCAAUACUUAGCCAUUUUUGAUUCAUUAAUGAACGAACAUCUACGAAAGAUAUUAAAUAAAGAGCUUCAUACACAUUAUCUUGGCAAAGAUAUACAAAAUGAACUUAUUCAACUGUUAGGAAAUGCUAUUAAGAAAGAAAUCAUACAAACAGCAAAUGCAAUGAAAUAUUUUUCAAUAGUUCUCGAUGGUACUCCUGACUGUAGCCAUGUUGAGCAAAUGACAAUAAUUAUUCGUUUUGUUAAAGUUGAUUCAUUGAAAAAGGAGUUUAGUAUCAAAGAACAUUUUUUAGGCUUUGUACCUUUAAAGAAAACAACUGGAGCCUAUAUGGCAGAAACGAUAAUACAACAACUAGAAGAAAUGGAGUUACCUAUUGAUAAUUUACGUGGCCAAGGCUACGAUAAUGGCGCAAAUAUGAUAGGCAAAAAUAAUGGUGUUCAAAAGAAAAUAUUAAACAUUAAUCCUCGAGCAUUGUUUGUUCCUUGCAGCGCGCAUACUCUUAAUUUGGUUGUCAAUGAUGCUGCAAAUUGUUGUCUAAUGGCUACAAGUUUUUUUGAUAUUGUCCAACGUGUGUAUGUAUAUUUUUCGUCUUUAACACAUCGGUGGGUAGUUUUCACUAGUCAUCAACCUACGUUAACUGUUAAACCUCUAAGUGAAACAAGAUGGGAAAGCAGAAUAGAUGCUAUAAAGCCUUUGCGAUAUGAACUUGGUAACAUAUAUGAUGCACUGCUAGAAAUAGCUGAUGAUACUUCUCUAACUGGAUCCUCAGGAAGCACUGCACGCAGUGAUGCUAAAGCACUUGCGAAUAGUGUUGCAAAGUUUAAGUUCGUGGUUUCAAUUGUUGUAUGGUACAACAUACUUUUUGAAAUCAAUAUAACAAGUAAGCAGCUCCAAGCUAAAGAUUUGGAUAUUCAUGCUGCUGUACAACAGUUACAACACACACAAGCCUAUUUGGUUGACUGUAGGAGUGACAUAGGUUUUGCAAGAAUGCUAGUGGAUGCUGCUGAAAUUGCUAAGGAUUUGGAGAUACUACCAACCUUUGAGGCAGAACCAUGA